AUGUUCGUCACUAUUGAUGACCAAAUUUAUAUGAAAACGGGUGACUUAGCUCGAUAUAAUGAACGAGGUGAACUGGUACAUGCUGGACGUAUUGAUUUUCAAGUCAAAGUGCAUGGUCAAAGAGUGGAGACAGCUGAAAUUGAAAAUACAAUUAUCACUUGUUCUUCUGACAAGAUCUUCAACUGUCUUGUCACCAAAGCUCCACAGAACGAUAAUUUUCUUAUUGCCUAUGUAGUCUCGAAUGACUUACAGAUCGAUACAGAAGAAAUUCGACAGCACUGCAGCAAAUAUCUUCGUCAAUAUAUGGUUCCAUCGAUGUUUAUUGUAUUGGAGAAGCUGCCAUUGAAUGCCAAUGGAAAAAUCGAUCGUAAGAACCUGCCCAUACCAGACUUUUCGGCACUCGCAACGAUUGCUAAUGAUCGCAGAUACAUAGAACCAAUGGGAAAAGUCGAAAUACUUGUGCAUUCAUUGUGGUGUGAAAUACUGGAUCAUAGUCGAAUUUCGACAAGUGCAAACUUUUUCAGCAUUGGUGGUCAUUCUAUUCUAUUUAUUCGAAUCUAUCAAUAUUAUCGAACGUUAUUUAAUUUGGAUAAUGAAACAAUAAAUAUUCGAUCAUUCCUUGACCAUAAUACCAUAGCCGAACAUGCAAAACUACUAGAAAAUAUUGAGAACAAUAAUAUACAAACAAAACAAUGGCACACAUUACAUAUUAAUCAAUGUAUUGCAUCCUAUGUCCAACAACGCAUAUAUCUUGAUGAGAAAAUGCGCUUUUCUGGAGAAAUUGCCAUUUACAAUGAACUGAUCGUUCUACAAGUUACAAAAGGUUCAUUAUCAACGAAUCGUUUACUGCAAGCUCUUCGUUGUGUUCUGAGCAAAAAUAAGAUACUUAGAACUUCUCUAGUUUUCAACAACGUUGAUAGUACUUUAGAACAAUCUAUCACUGAUGAACAUUUGACAUUUAAAUUAGCUCCCGAGCAAACAUUCAAAACUGAAACUGAACUUCACACUAUUAUCUCACAGAUAAAUACUAAUCCUAAUUUGUUCGAUUUAUCAAGUGGUCGUGUUUUUUAUUGUCAAAUUCUUAGACAACAGAUGACACCUGAUGAAAAUCAUGAUAAAGAAGUAGUUAUAAAUUCUGAUGUUCUCGUUAUCGGCUUUCAUCAUGCUGCAAUUGAUCAAUCAACGGUCUCAAUUUUUUUAAAUGACCUAUGCAGUACUUAUAAUAGUAACAUGACGUGGUUAGAUGAUAAAGAAUCAUUACAAUAUAUUGAUUAUAGUGUUCAUGAGCGUCUAAUCGAUAUGACACCAUCAUGUGAGUUUUGGCGUUCUCAACUGAAUGGAUAUAAUCAAGAAUGUCGAUUGACACUACCAGUUGAUCGGCAUUGCUUAUGUAGUGACCAACGAUCUGGAUAUGCCUCCAUUGCUUAUAUCUCAUUUGAUAAUGAGAUUUCGACAUCAUUUAUCAAUUAUGCAUCUUCGCAUCAAGUUACACCAUUCCAACUAGCUCUAGCUACAUUCUAUGCAUUUCUUUUCAAAUUAACAUAUCGACAAAAUGAUUUAUGCAUUUCUUGUCUCAAUGCAAAUCGAUACAAAACUGAAUUACAGAAUAUGGUUGGAAUGUUUAUUUCAACAUUACCAUAUCGCCUUCAAGUUGAUCCUGACUGGUCAUUUGAUGAACUUAUUGAACAUGUGAGAGAAAAAUGUGUAUCAAUUCUUGAACAUUCUCAUUAUCCACUACAACAUAUUCUUACAGACUCUCAACUUAAACAAUCACAAGUUCCAUUUCUUGAAACAGCACUCAAUUUUAUCACUCUCUCUGAAGAGAGUCAAUGGUCCAUUGACACAGCAACAUUGCAGCAAUUACCACUACAAAAAUCCUAUGGUGCUGCAAAAUUUGAUUUUGACUUGACUUGUCUUUACAAUCCAUCAUCCGAUGGAAGUAAACUAUCAUUUUGUCUAACUUGCUCGCGUGAUCUGUUUGAUGAGACAACAGCUAUAAUCAUAGCUCAAAGAUUGAAACAUUUUGUCGAUCAACUUUUUUCAUCAAAAUCAAUUUCUAAUGAAAUUAAUCCAAACUUUGUAUCUAUAUCGAAACUUAGCUUGAUUUUACCGACAGAAGCUAAAGAAAUUGAAGAUACUGUCUUCUGUCGACAACAGAAUAUUGUCAAUGAAGCACCAGCAUCAUAUUCACAAGCUGGGAUCUGGUUUAAUGAACAAGUUCGGUUUGAUCCGAAUAGACCACAGCUCGCUAUCUACAAUAUGCCCUUUCUCUACCGUUAUAAUAAAGGACAUACUUUAUCAAUAAAACAACUGCGACAGGCUCUUCAGCUAGUUGUUAGAAAACAUCAGUCUCUUCGAACACUACUUAUCUUUGAUGCAGCAAAAGAUUCACUUAUGCAACAAAUUGUUGACUUCCAUGAUGAUAAUAAUAGAUUGUAUGCAUUCAUCGAAACAACUUAUGAAACACAAGAACAACUCAAUCAUAUCAUACAUGAAGAAAAAUAUAAUCCUCAACUAUUUGAUGUUGCUCAAGGUCUUGUCUUUCGAUGUCAUCUUGUUUACUACAAACAAAUCUCUUCGGAUAAAGUUCUUUCUGACAAGGAUCUAAUUAUUUUCAACUUUAAUCAUGCUUUGUUUGAUUUUCCAUCAAUGGAAAUCUUUCUCUAUGAUCUCAAUCAAGCAUAUACAACAGGCCAAUUAUUAUAUGAUGAUAACACUAAUCUUCGUUAUCUCGAUUAUGCUGCUAUUGAACAACAAAUGUCAAUGAUCGAUGCAAGUAUGUUUUGGCUUGAUGCUCUUCAUGAUUGUAAACUUGAUCAACCUUUGGCAUUACCAUUUGAUCGAUAUCGUCUUGCAAAUGAACAUCGAACUGAUUGUGGAACAACUAUUUCUUUUGAUUUUGGUAAAGAUCUCUCACAUGAUUUUCUUACACAUGCAUCAUCAAAUAACAUAUCACUUGAACAUCUCACAUUUGCCAUUUAUUUCAUCUUUCUAUUUAAACUAACUAAUGAACAGACAGAUCUAUGUCUUGCUAUGAACAUCAAUAAUAAUCGAUAUAGAGAUGAACUCAAAUCAAUCAUUGGAUUAUUUGAGAAUGUCAUUCCAUUACGAUGUCAAUUAGAUCCACAUUGGUGUUUUCAUCAAUUAUUUGAACAUGUUCGAGAGAUAACAACAAAUAGUAUGAAAUAUUCAUAUUUUCCACUACAACGAAUUCUCAACCUGCAUCCACAUAUUUCCAAACAUCCAUUUUUGGAUACAUCUCUGGAAUUUAUAUCAUACAAGAGCAACAAUGACAAUAAUGUAAUUAUGAUUGGUGAUGCUGAACUUGUUCCAGGAUCUUUCUCAUUCAAUGUUAAUGAAGAUGAGAUAUUAAGUACAUCCGAUUUCUCUCUUUCUAUUUAUCAUGAUAUAAACAUGAAUCAACUAUCAUGCACAAUCAAUGCAUCACUUGACUUAUUCAAUCGAGACACAGUGGAGAAGAUUUCACAACGAUUUCAUUUCAUCUCAAAUCAAUUAUUUGUAUCUACUAUCGAGAGUCAUUUAAACAAACCUAUCUUUGAAUUAUCAUUAAUAUUAUCAAAUGAACGAUAUCUAAUGCAAUCAAUGAAUAAUACACAAGUAUCAUUUCCAUCUCCUGUCACUUGUAUUCAUCAUGAGUUUGUAUAUCAAGUAAUGAAACAUCCACAAAAAGUAGCAGUUGAACUUGAUGAACAAUUAUUGACAUAUUGUGAACUCUUAUACUAUGUACAAAUAUUAUCUUUAGCUCUGCUAAAUGAAUAUCAUGUUAUUCCAGGUGAGAUCGUGUGUCAAUGUGUUGAGCGAAGUUUAUCAAUGGUGAUUGGUAUAAUGGCGGUUGGAAUGGCUGGUGGUGUUUAUUGUCCAUUAUCAUCUCGAGAUCCACAACAUCGUUUGCAUGCACUCACACAACAAACUCAAAGUCGUCUUAUUCUUGUUCACCAUCCUACAACGUUAAAGUUUUCUAGUAAAAUCGUUUUAUGCAACGUAGAUUUAGUAUGGAAUGUCGACCACAUUAAUAGUCCUGUAGUUAUGGAUCGCCUUUCGAAUAUUACAGUAACGGCAGAUAAUAUUGCAUAUAUUGUUUUUACUAGUGGUUCAACAGGAACAUCGAAAGGAGUCCAAAUUCGGCAUCGAAACUUUUUGGCUUGCAUUGAUUCUCUUGUUCGAUUGAAUUUAUUUACAAAUAAAGGGACCUUGAUACAAAUGGCAAGCUGUUCAUAUGAUGUGCAUGUUCAAGAAAUCAUUGGACCUUUAAUAACUAGUUCAACAAUUAUAAUGCUUGGUCCUCAACGAAAUAUGGAUUUAGACUAUAUAACGAAGACGUUAAAUGGAAAACAAGUAUCAUACUUCUCGUGCGUACCAUCAUAUGCUGAUAUAUUGUUGGAAUUUUUACAAAGCCACAGCUUUCCAAGUUUGAACAGUUUGCGCACUGUUGCUGUUGGUGGAGAAGCGAGCACAGUUCAGCUUAUUGACAAGUUAUAUGCAUAUCUGCCACAAGAUAGUUUUGUAUGGAACGGCUAUGGACCUUCAGAAACAACUGUCGACUCCACAAUUUAUGUCAUAGGUAGGAAUAUAAAUAUGAUUAACAUCCCAAUGGGACGUCCACUACUCAACUAUCGAUGUAUAAUUAUCAAUCAAUAUUUACAAUCAUCUGUUAGCGGUCAAGAAGGAGAAUUGUUUAUAGGUGGUGUAGGUGUCUUUGCUGGUUAUCUUGGACGUGAUGAUUUAACUGCAAAAGCUCUUGUUGAAAUAGAUGGUGAAAUAUUUUAUCGAACUGGUGAUCUUGUUAAAAUGGAUAACAAUGGUCUUCUUCAUUAUCAAGGAAGAAAAGAUCAUCAAGUCAAACUACAUGGACAACGAAUUGAACUUGGUGAGAUCGAACGAUGUUUACUUAACAUCACAUCUAUCUCUGCUUGUGUUGUCGUGAAAUGGAAUGAUGAUUAUUUAGUUGCAUAUGCUCAAAGUUCUGAUAUUGAUGAAGAACAACUGCGUCAACAUUGUCAAUCUUAUCUUCCACUACAUAUGAUUCCUUCAAUAUUCAUCAUACUUGACAAAUUACCCUUGAAUGUAAAUGGAAAAAUUGAUCGAAAACUUCUUCCUUCACCUCACUUCUCGUCUACAAAUCUCAUAAACAAUAUAGAAUUAUUGUUACCAAUAAAUGAUAUUGAAGUUAGUAUUCAACACAUUUGGUGUGAGAUAUUUAAACAAAAUCAAAUCUCAACUGAUACAAAUAUCUUCACUAUUGGUGGUCAUUCAUUACUUAUCAUGCAAUUGUUUCAUCGAUAUAAGAUCGAAUUUCAUUUAGAAACAAAUACUCUUUCUAUUUCAAAUCUAUUUCAACAUCCAACAAUUAUUCAUCAUGCUCAGCUCAUUCAACAAUCUAUUAAUACCAUCCAGACUCUGGAUAACUCUCCUUGGUCUUCAUUACGACUUAUUCAAGGUAAACAACAUAAUUUGUACUCGAUAUUAUUAUCAACUAUAUGUUCAUCUUUUUUUCUCAUCCUAGCUAGGGCAUCAUUUGCACAAGAAAGAAUCUAUUUAGAUGAACAAAUUCGUUUCUCAUCCAACAAAACAACUAUGAAUAAUAUGUAUGUUAUUCCAUUACUUUAUCGAAUAUCCUCUAUGAAUGAUCAUGUAUCAAUUACUCGAUUACAUCAUGCAUUUGAAAGCGUUAUUGCAAAACAUAAUAUUCUUCGAACAGCACUUUAUCUUGAUAUCAAUGGUGUUAUUCUGCAAGAUUGCCAACCUAUGAGUAUCUCAAUCAAUGAUACGGAAAGAUAUAGAUUCUCAGUAGUAAAUAUGUCUGAGGAAGAUUAUGGAAAGAACGAAACUAUUAAAAAAACAUUAAAUCAAACUGACUUAUUUGAUUUAUCAAAAGGACAUGUUAUUAAUUGUCAUAUUCUUCGUCAAUAUCAGUCUAAUCAUCCAUUUAUUCACAAUAAUGAUCUUUUAACUAAAGAUGAUCUGAUAUUAUUUACCAUUCAUCAUGCAAUGUUUGAUGGGGUAUCAACAUCAAUAUUUCUUCAUGAUCUUUCUCUUGCUUAUCAAUCUGAUGACUCAUUAUCUAUGGAUGAAAAUACAUUGAAUUACAUCGAUUAUUCUGUUCAUGAACAUAUCAUGGAUAUGUCAUUAUCUCGUGAGUUCUGGCAUUCUCAACUUGAAGAAUAUAAUAUCGAAUCUUCAUUAGCAUUACCAGUUGAUCGACAACGUUCAUCAAUUAGUCACCAACGUUCAGGUUUAGCAUCCACGGCUGGAAUAACUUUUGAUAAUGAAUUAUGCACAUCAUUUCUAAACUAUGCAUCAUCGCAUCAUCUCACACUCUUUCAACUUGGACUAUCUAUAUUUUAUGUUUUCUUAUUCAAAUUAUCUCAUGGUAAGACUGAUCUAUGUAUUGGUUCUAUCAAUGCUAAUCGAUAUCGAAGUGAAUUAGUGAAUAUGAUUGGAAUGUUUGUAUCAACAUUACCAUAUCACAUUGAACUUAAUCCUUGUUGGUCAUUUGAUGAAGUAGUUGAAUAUGUGCAAGAAAAAUGUUUAUCAAUUCUUGAACAUUCUCAUUAUCCGUUACAGCAUAUUCUUGGUGAUAAUCGAUCAAGUCAAUCGAAAGUAUCAUUUCUUGAGACAAUAUUUGACUUUAUCAGUGUGUCAAAAGAUGUCGAACAUUUAUGUUUCAAUGAUGCAAAUUUAGAACAAAUAUCAUUAGAACAAUCACUUGAAAUGUCUAAAUUUGACUUUUCAUUAACAUUUGAAUACAAUCCAUCAUCAGAUAACAAGAGAUUAUCAUGUCGUUUUGUUUGUUCACAUGAUUUGUUUGAAAAAUCAAGUAUUUCAAAAAUCGCUCAAAGAUUUCAAUACAUGUUUCAGCAAUUGUUUCAAACACAAUCAAGCAAUACUCCUACGAUCGAUAUGAGUUCAUCGAUUAGCAAAGUAUGUCUUAUUCUUCCUGAUGAAGCUAAAGAAAUGGAAUUAGUUGUGUUUCAUCGAUUUGAGAAUAUUGUGAAUGAAGCACCAGCAUCAUUUGCACAAGCUCGUAUUUGGCUUGACGAAAAAAUUCGAUUCGAUCCAGACAAGCCACAAAUAGCAAUCUAUAAUAUGCCCUUUGUUUAUCGUCUACAACCAGGUCAUACUUUAUCGAUUAAACAACUUCGUCAUGCUCUGUACCUUACUGUUAACAAACAUCCCUCACUUCAUGCAUCACUUCAUUUUGACAUCCAAAAGAAUCUACUUAUGCAACGAGUUAUCACUCAUGAAGAUAAGAAUAAUAAUAUGUUUUCAAUCAUCGAAACGACUUAUGAAACAAAUGAACAACUGAAUGAGAUUUUACACGAAGAGAAACGUAAUCCCCAUCUUUUUGAUCUUGACCAAGGUCUGGUCUUUCGAUGUCAUAUUGUUUACUACAAACAAAUCUCUUCAGAUCAUCUACUUUCUCACAAAGAUCUACUUAUCUUUAACUUUCAUCAUGCUCUGUUUGACUUUUCAUCUAUGGAUAUCUUUCUUGAUGAUCUCAACCAAGCAUAUACAACAGAUCAAUUAUUAUAUGAUGACACCGCUAAUCUUCGUUAUCUGGAUUAUACUGUUAUUGAACAACAAAUGUCAAUGACUGGCGCAAGUAUGUUUUGGCUUGAUGUUCUUCAUGAUUGUAAACUCGAUCAACCUUUAUCAUUACCCUAUGAUCGAUAUCGUGUCUCAAAUGAACAUCGAACUGGCCGUGGAACAUCUAUUUCAUUUGAUUUUGGUCAAGAUCUCUCGCAUGACUUUCUUCACUAUGCAUCAUCAAAUAGCAUAUCACUGGAGCAACUUGUACUAGCCACUUAUUAUAUUUUUUUAUUCAAAUUAACGAAUGGAGAUACAGAUUUAUGCAUUGGAAUAAAUACACAUGGUCGAUAUAGAGAUGAACUUAACUAUAUCAUUGGGAUGUUUGUGAAUGCAAUACCAUUGCGAUGUCAACUAGAUCCUCAUUUAUCAUUUCACAAAGUCUCUAAGCACGUUCAAGAUAAUAUGAUAAAUUGUAUGAAAUAUUCAUAUUUUCCUCUUCAACGUAUUCUCAAUCAACAUCCUAAUAUAUCAAAUCCUGUAUUUCUUGAUACAUCAUUCGAAUUUCUAUCAUCUAUGACAAAAGAUGAGGAGAAUGAAAUGGUGAUUGGUGAUAGUCGAUUAUCUUUACUACCUUAUUCGAUUAAGAUUAGUGAAGAUGAAACAAAGAGUAAAUUUGAUUUCAUUGUUAGUUUUCAGCAUGAUCUGAAUCUAAACGAAAUUUCAUGUACCAUUAAUGCAUCGCUUGAUUUAUUUAAUGCUGAAACAAUUGGUACAAUUGGACAAAGAUUUCAGACAAUGUUACAUCAACAAUUCACAUCUUUCAACAGUACAACAAACAAACCUAUUCAUGAAUUAUCAAUAAUGUUAUCAGAUGAACAGUAUCUAAUGCAAUCAUUGAAUAGUACACAAAUAUCAUUUUCAUCUCCUUUCACUUGUAUUCAUCAUGCAUUUGUAUAUCAAGUAAUGAAGCAUCCACAAAAACUAGCUGUUGAACUAGAUGAACAAUCAUUGACAUAUAGUGAACUUCUAUAUUACGUUCAAGUCUUAUGUUUAACUCUUCUUAAUGAAUAUCAUGUUUCUCCAGGUGAAAUAGUUUGUCAAUGUGUUGAGCGAAGUUUAUCAAUGGUGAUUGGCAUUAUGGCGAUUGAAAUGGCUGGUGGUGUUUAUUGUCCAUUAUCAUCUCGAGAUCCACAACAUCGUUUGCAUGCACUCAUACAACAGACACAAAGUCGUCUUGUACUUGUUCAUUAUUUGACAAGAACAAAAUUUGAUCAUAAUAUUGUUUCACCUGAUAUUGAUUCAAUAUUAAAUAUGAAUAAUAUGAAUACUGACAUAGAUUAUAAUUACCUUUCAAGUGUGAUAAUGAAAAGUGAAGAGAUAGCGUACAUUAUUUUCACUAGUGGUUCAACUGGAACACCCAAAGCGGUUCAAGUUCGACAUAAGAACUUUAUUAACUGUAUUCAUUCUUUCGUUUACAUUAACUUACUUAAUAAAGAUGAUACAGUAGUACAAAUAGCACGAUGCUCAUUUGAUAUUCAUGUUCAAGAAAUACUUGGUACACUGUCGAUUGGAGGCACACUGAUUAUGCUUCAUCCAGGUGGAACUUUUGAUUUCAAUUAUUUAUCUGAAGUCUUAGAGAAUAAACAAAUCACAUAUCUAAAAGCAGUACCAAGUUUACUACACAUUUUUUUCACUUUUAUUCAACAGAACAAGAACAUGAAUGCUGUGAAAUAUCUUCGAUCACUUUGUAGCGGUGGUGAGGCUUUUUCCAUUCAUUUGAUUGGCUUGAUUGUGAAAAUCGGUGUAACAAACUGUAUUGUGUGGAAUUUGUACGGUCCAGCAGAAGCAACCAUAGAUUGUACAGUUCAUUGUUUGAAUUUUAUAAAUGAUAUACCGAAUAUUCCAAUUGGUAGACCAUUUUAUAAUUACCGAUGCAUUAUUAUAAAUCAAUACUUCCAAUCAUCUGCCACAGUUCAAGAAGGAGAAUUGUUUAUAGGUGGAGUAGGUGUCUUUGCUGGUUAUCUUGGACGUGAUGAUUUAACUGCAAAAGCUCUUGUUGAAAUAGAUGGUGAAAUAUUUUAUCGAACUGGUGAUCUUGUUAAAAUGGAUAACAAUGGUCUUCUUUAUUAUCAAGGAAGAAAAGAUCAUCAAAUCAAACUACAUGGACAAAGAAUUGAACUUGGUGAAAUCGAACGAUGUUUACUUAACACUACAUCUAUUUCUAAUUGUGUUGUUGUGAAAUGGAAUGAUGAUCAUUUAGUUGCAUAUGUUCAAAGUUCUGAUAUUAAUGAGCAAGAAUUGCGUGAACAUUGUCAAUCUCAUCUUCCACCACAUAUGAUUCCAUCAGUAUUUAUUAUACUUGACAAACUACCUUUGAAUCAAAAUGGAAAAGUAGACAGAAAACAACUUCCUUCACCCGACUUUUCUUUAUCGACUUUGUUAUCGUCCAAUAAAUGUGAUACUCCUCUUAAUCAGUUCGAAGAGCAGAUACACAUUAUCUGGUGUCAAGUUCUUCAUUCUAAUCAAAAUAACAUUUCUAGAACUACCAGUUUCUUUAGUGUUGGUGGUCAUUCACUGUUGUUUAUUGAACUUUAUCACCAUUAUCAAUCAGUAUUUAGCUUUGAUGCUCAUUCACUUUCCAUUGCUCCAUUUCUUCAACAACCAACGAUAUUUCAACAUUCACAAUUACUUCAAACAGUUACAAUGAGUAAUAUCAAGGUAACUCAAUGGCACACACUACAUAUAAAUGAAGGUAUUGCGUCAUUUGCUCAAGAACGUAUCUUUCUUGAUGAACAAGUUCGUUUUUCGAGUGAUACUGCUAUCUAUAAUGAACUGAUCAUCUUACAAAUUGUUCAAGGAUCAUUAUCAUUCAAUCGUUUAUUACAAGCAUUUCGAUAUGUUUUGAAUAAACAUAAAAUAUUACGAACAUCUCUUAUGCUUAAUAAUGAUACUGGUAUUUUGAAACAAUGCAUCACAGAUAUAUACAAAACAUUUACAAUAAGUAUGAAUCAAACAUUUCAAAAUGAAAAUGAACUUCGAGAUAUUAUGUAUCAAACAACUAUUAAUCCUCAUCUCUUCGAUUUAUCAACUGGUCGCGUAUUUCAUGCUGAAAUUCUGAAACAUCAAAUAUCAUCAAAUGAAAAUGAAAAUAAUAACAAUGAGUUUAUAACUAAGUCUGAUGUUCUUCUCAUUGCUUUUCAUCAUGCAGCAUUUGAUCGAGCAAGUCGUUCAAUCUUUUCUAAUGAUCUAUGUUUAACUUAUAAUACUAAUGCAACAUCGAUAGAAGAUGAUGAAUCAUUGCAAUAUAUUGAUUAUAGUGUACAUGAACAUCUAAUUGAUAUGACAACAUCUCAUGAAUUUUGGUAUUUACAACUAGCAGGAUACAAUUUAGAAUAUCGAUUACCAUUACCAGUUGAUCGACAUCGUUUAUCUAGUGAUCAUCGAUCGAGUACUCCUUGUAUCACUGGAAUCUCUUUUGAUAACGAGAUUUCACAAUCAUUUCUUGAUUAUGUUUCUAUACAUCAUGUGACACCAUUUCAGUUAGGUCUAACUAUAUUAUAUGCUUUUCUUUUCAAGUUAACACAUGGUGACAAUGAUUUGUGUAUUUCUUGUCUUAAUGCUAAUCGACACAAAACUGAACUACAGAAUAUUAUAGGAAUGUUUGUUUCAACAUUACCAUAUCGUCUUCAACUUGAUCCUCAAUGGUCAUUUGAUGAUCUUGUUAAAUAUGUGCAAGAAAAAUGUAUAUCACUUCUUGAACAUUCACAUUAUCCACUUCAACAUAUUCUUGCUAAUUUACAUACUAAUCAAUCAAAUAUUUCAUUUCUCGAGACGAUGUUUGACUUUAUUACUAUAUCGUCACAGAGUGAUGAAUUAUCUUGGGAUGGAGCAAGUUUUAAAUACGUGUCACUAGAACAAUCAUUUGGGGUGGCUAUGUUUGAUUUUAUGUUAAUGUUUGUCUAUAAUCCAAUGUUGGAAAAUAAUAGAUUAUCAUUUCGUUUAACUUGUUCACAUGAUCUGUUUGAUGAGAUUACAGUUACAAAUAUAGGUCGAAGAUUAGAAUACUGUUUUCAACAACUGUUUUCAUCGAAUGAAACUAUGAAUCGAAUUGAUACAGGUUUAACAUCUGUAUCGAAAUUCAAUCUUAUUCUGCCAGAAGAAACUCAAGAAAUGGAAGAUGCUAUCUUUUGUCGACAAUCACAUAUUAUAAACGAAGCACCAGCAUCAUUUGCACAAAUUCGACUAUGGGAUAAUGAAUCUAUUCAUUUCACUCCUCACAUAUCGCAAAUACCAAUCAACAACAUGUCUUUUGUUUAUCAUCUACACAAUCAUCAUACUUUGUCAAUACAACAUCUUCGUCAUGCUCUUCAGCUAACUGUCUUAAAACAUCAAUCACUUCAUACAUCGCUUCUCUUCGAUACAGAAAAGAACCUAGUCAUGCAACGAAUCAUUGAUAUGAACGACGACAGUAGACAACUUCUCACAUUGAUUGAAAGCACUUAUGAAACACAGGAGCAACUUAAUGACAUUUUACAUGAUGAGAAAUAUAACCUUCAUCUUUUUGAUCUUACUCAAGGUCUUGUCUUUCGAUGUCAUAUUGUUUAUUACAAACAAAUCUCUUCAAAUUAUCUUGUUUCCAACAAAGAUACACUUAUCUUCAACUUUCAUCAUUCUUUAUUUGACCUUUCAUCAAUGCAAGUGUUUCUUCAUGAUCUCAAUCAAGCAUAUACAACAGGCGAACUAUUAUAUGAUGUUAACACUACUCUACGUUAUCUUGAUUAUGCUGCUAUUGAACAAGAAAUGUCCAUGACUGGUUCAAGUAUGUUUUGGCUUAAUGCUUUACAUAAUUGUCAUCUCGAUCAAUCCUUAUCAUUACCAUAUGAUCGAUAUCGUCUUAUGAAUGAACACCGAACUCAUCAUACAACAUCUGUCUCUUUUGAUUUUGGACUAGAUCUUUCACAUCAUUUUCUUCUAUAUACAUUAUCAAACAAUAUCAAACAUGAACAUCUAGCACUUGCUACUUACUUUAUCUUCUUAUUCAAAUUAACAAAUGGUGAAAAAGACUUGUGUACUUCAAUGAGUAUCGACAAUCGUUAUAGAGAUGAACUAAAAUAUAUGAUUGGACUGUUUGAGAAUAUCAUUCCACUGAGAUGUCAACUAAAUCCUGCUUGGUCUUUGAGCCAAUUUAUUGAAAAUGUUCGAGAGAUAACAACUAAUAGUAUGAAAUAUUCAUAUUUUCCUCUUCAACGUAUUCUUAGUCAACAUUCAAAUGUUUCAAAACCAGCAUUUCUUGAUAUAUCAUUUCAAUUUCUAUCAUCUAUGACAAACAGUGACAAUAAACUAAUAAUGAUCGGCGAUAGUCAACUUUGUUCCAUACCUUUCAUAAUCAACAUUGAUGAUUUCUCACUUCUGAUCCAACAUGAUCGCAAUAUCAAUCAACUGUCAUGUACAAUCAAUGCAUCACUUGAUUUAUUCAAUGUGGAAACAAUUGAUAAAAUAUCUCAACGAUUUCAUUCAAUCUUGAAUCAAUUAUUUACAGCUGUUGAUAAUCAAAUGAAUAAAUCAGUCUAUGAAAUAUCAUUAACAUUACCAAAUGAAAGAUUACUCAUGCAAUCAAUGAAUAACACACAAGUAUCAUUUUCAUCUUCUGUCACUUGUAUUCAUCAUGAAUUUGUAUAUCAAGUUGUGAGGCACCCACAAAAACUAGCUGUUGAACUGGAUGAACAAUCAUUGACAUAUGCUGAACUUCUAUAUUAUGUUCAAGUCUUAUCUUUAACUCUUCUGAAUGAAUAUCAUGUGUUUCCAGGUGAGGUCGUGAUAGGUAUAAUGGCGAUUGAAAUGAGUGGUAGUGUUUAUUGUCCAUUGUCACCUCGAGACCCAGAACAUCGUUUGCAAGCACUUGUACAACAAACUCAAAGCCGUCUUGUUCUUGUUCAUCAUUUAACAAAAUCCAAAGUUAAUAAUAAAAUUGUUUCAGUUGACAUUCAUUCAACAUGGAUUAAUAAUGAUAUAAUCAGUGAUGUUACCAUUGAUCUACUAUCAAGUAUUACAGUCACAUCAAGUAAUAUUGCUUAUAUUGUUUUCACAAGUGGCUCAACUGGAAUACCAAAAUCAAUUCGAGUAAGACAUCGGAAUUUUAUACAUUUUACACAUUCAUUCAUGCACAUCGGUGCUCUGCAUAAAAAUGACAUUGUCAUGCAACUUGCUACUUCGUCAUUCGAUGCACAUGUACAAGAGAUUUUAGCUACUUUGGUUUCUGGCGCAACAGUAAUUAUGCUGCAUCCUGAUGUGAGAUCUUGUCGGGUUUGGAAUUUAUAUGGCCCAGCGGAAGCCACAUUGGGAACUACAUAUCAUUUAGUUAAUGAAAUGUCUAAUAUGAAUACUGUUCCGAUCGGUACAUCGUUUCCAAAUUACAAAUGUUUAAUCAUAAAUGAUUUCUUACAGUCCGUCACCGAUACCCAAGAAGGUGAAUUAUUCGUUGGAGGUGUUGGUGUUUUUGCUGGAUAUCUCGGACGUGAUGAUUUAACUGCAAAAGCUCUUGUUGAAGUACAUGGUGAACUAUUUUAUCAAACAGGUGAUCUUGUUCAUAUGGAUGAGAACGGUCUUCUUCAUUAUCGAGGAAGAAAAGAUCAUCAGGUGAAAUUACAUGGUCAAAGAAUUGAACUUGGUGAAAUUGAACAAUGCUUACUUCGAACAUUAAUUUCAGCUUGUGUUGUUAUUAAAUGGAAUGAUGAUCAUUUAGUUGCUUAUGUUCAAAGUUCUGAUAUUGAUGAAAAAGUAUUACGUGAACAUUGUCAAUCACAUUUACCAUUACAUAUGAUUCCAUCGUUUUUUAUUAUACUUGAAAAGUUACCAUUGAAUGCAAAUGGAAAAAUAGAUCGAAAAUUGCUUCCACCACCUAAUUUUUCAUCAAUAAAUCUCACUAAUUCUAAUGAAAUUUUGUCACCAAUGAAUGAAAAUGAAAUCAUCAUUCAUCAGAUUUGGUGUGAUUUAUUACAACAAAAACAAAUCUCUACUAGCACAAAUAUCUUCACUCUUGGUGGUCAUUCACUUCUCAUCAUGCAACUCUUCCACCGAUAUAAAAAACAAUUUGACUUUGAACCAAAUACUCUUUCUAUUACUGAGCUUUUUCAACAUCCAACAAUUACAGAUCAUGCUCAACUCAUUAGUCAAACUAUGAGUCUGACAAAGAAUGUCAAUGAAUAUUAUUGGUCUUCAUUACAUAUCAUGAAAGCUAGAGCAUCAUUUCCUCAAGAACGUAUUUUCUUAGAUGAACAAAUUCGUUUCUCAUCCACACACAAUAAUACUAAUAACAUGUAUCUUAUCCCAUUAAUUUAUCGUAUUUCAUCUAUGAAUGAUCAUAUAUCUAUUUCACGACUACAACAUACUUUUCAAUCUAUUAUUUCUAAACACCAAAUUCUUCGAACAGCACUCUAUCUUGAUAUAAAUGGUACUAUUACUCAACAUUGUUUAGAUACAAACAAUAUUAUUCAUGAUAAGAAAUCAUCUAGAUUUUUUAUGCUUAAUCUUCCUGGUGAAGAACAUGACCAGAAUGAAACUGUAAAGAAGAUCUUAAAUCAAUCAGAUUUAUUUGAUUUAUCAAUAGGACAUGUUAUUAAUUGUCAUGUUCUUCGUCGUGAUCAAUCAAAUCAUUCAUUCACCCAGAAUAAUGAUGAUCUAUUGACUAAAGAUGAUUUGAUAUUAUUUACCAUUCAUCAUGCUUACUUUGAUGGAUCAUCGAGAUCAAUCUUCAUUCGAGAUCUUUCUCUUGCUUAUCAAUCUAAUGGCUUGCUUCCUAUAGACGAUAAUUCAUUACAAUAUAUUGACUAUUCUAUUUAUGAACACAUAAUGGAUAUGUCAUCAUCUCAAGAAUUUUGGCAAUUAGAACUCAAAGGAUAUAAUGUUGGACGCCAAUUAUCAUUACCUGUUGACCGACAACGUUCAUCAACUAGUCAACAGCGAUCAGGUUUAGCUUCUUCAGCUGAAAUCUCUUUUGUUGAUGAAAUAUGUAGAUCAUUUCUCCACUAUGCAUCAUCACAUCAUCUCACACUCUUUCAACUUGGAUUAUCCAUAUUUUAUAUAUUUCUAUUCAAAUUAACUCAUGGUCAAACUGAUUUAUGUAUUUCUUCUGUCAAUGCUAAUCGAUAUCGAAGUGAAUUAGUGAAUAUGAUAGGAAUGUUUGUAUCAACAUUACCCCAUCGUGUUGAACUUGAUCUACAUUGUUCAUUUGAUGAAGUAGUUAAAUAUGUACAAGAAAAAUGUUUAUCAAUUCUUGAACAUUCUCAUUAUCCACUUCAACAUAUUCUUGCUGAUUUACGUCUCACUCAAUCAAAUGUAUCAUUUCUUGAAACAAUGUUCGAUUUUAUCACGGUAUCAAAAGAUGUUAAUUAUUUAUCUUUGAAUGGGGUCAACUUAGAAGAAGUGUCGUUAAAUGAAUCAUAUGAAAUAGCUAAAUUUGACUUCUCAUUGAUAUUUCUUUAUAAUUCAUCAUCAGAUGAUAAUCACCUAUCAUGUUCUUUUAUUUGUUCACGUGAUAUAUUUGAUGAGACAACAGUUACCGUCAUAAGUCGAAGAUUUCAACAUAUUUUAACACAAUUAUUUUCCCCGAAAUCAGGCACAGAGUGCAUUGAUUUAUAUCGUGCAUCUAUAUCAAAAUUUGAUCUUAUUCUACCCGAAGAAGUUGAAGAAAGAGAAGCAAUAAUGUUUCAUAGAUUGGAAAAUAUUAUUAAUGAAGCACCAGCAUCUUUCGCACAAUGUCAAAUAUGGUCAGAAAAUCAAAGAGAUGCCGAUACUGAUCAAUCAUGUUUAACGGCCUAUAAUAUACCGUUUUUCUAUCAUCUUUAUACAGGAGAUAUUUUAUCCGUACAACAACUUCGUCAUGGUCUUCAACUCGUUGUUAACAAACAUGAAUCACUUCAUACAUCACUCAUCUACGAUGCUAACAAAAACUUGCUCAUGCAGCGAGUGCUUAGUAAACAAGAUAUCAACAAUGAUAUGUUUACAAUUACUGAAAGCACUUAUGAAACAGAUGAACAACUCAAAACUAUCUUCGAAAAUGAGAAAUGUAAUCCUCAACAUUUCGAUCUCAUUAAAGGUCUUGUCCUUCGAUGUCAUAUUAUUUACUAUAAACAAAUCUCUUCAAAUAACAUCCUUUCCGAUAAAGAUAUAAUUAUCUUCAAUUUUCAUCAUGCUUUCUUUGAUUAUCCAUCAAUGAAUAUAUUUCUUGAUGAUCUUGAUGAAGCUUAUAAAACAGACCAACUAACAAUUGAUAAUGCCACUACUCUACGUUAUAUCGAUUGUAGGCAUAUUCAAUUCCUUGUUCUAUUCAAACUACUUUUUCUUUCUUCUUGUUUAGAUGCUGUUAUUGAACAACAUAUGUCAAUGACUGGUGCAAGUAUGUUUUGGCUUGAUGCUCUACAUGAUUGUCAUCUCGAUCAAUUUUUAUCAUUACCAUAUGAUCGACAUCGUCUUAUGAAUGAUCAUCGAACUAAUCGGGCAACAUUUGUCUCCUUUGAUUUUGAUCGAGAUCUUUCACAUCAUUUUCUUCUCUAUGCAUCAUCAAAUAAUAUCAAAUAUGAACAUCUAGCACUUGCGACUUAUUUUAUCUUCUUAUUUAAAUUAACGAAUGCUGAAAAAGAUUUAUGUAUUUCAAUGAAUAUCAAUAAUCGUUAUAGAGAUGAACUAAAAUAUAUGAUUGGACUGUUUGAGAAUGUUAUUCCACUACGGUGCCUACUAAAUCCUACUUGGUCCUUGUGUCAAUUUGUUGAAAAUGUUCGAGAGAUGACAUCCAAUAGUAUGAAAUAUUCAUAUUUUCCUCUUCAACGUAUUCUCAAUCAACAUCCAAAUAUAUCAAAACCAGCAUUUCUUGAUAUAUCAUUUCAAUUUCUAUCAUCUAUGAUAACAAUGGACAAUAAACUAAUAAUGAUUGGUGAUAGUCAACUUUCUUCAAUUCCUUUCACAAUGAACAUUAAUGAUUUCUCACUUCUGAUCCAACAUGAUCACAAUAUCAACCAACUCUCAUGCACAAUCAAUGCAUCACUUGAUUUAUUUAAUGUAGAAACAGUUGAUAAGAUAUCGCAACGAUUUCAUUCAAUCUUGAAUCAAUUAUUUAUAUCUGUUGAUGAUCAAAUGGAGAAACCAAUCUAUGAAAUAUCAUUAACAUUACCAAAUGAAAGAUUACUCAUGCAAUCAAUGAAUAAUACACAGGUAUCAUUUUCAUCUUCUGUCACUUGUAUUCAUCAUGAAUUUGUAUAUCAAGUAAUGAAACAUCCACAGAAACUAGCUGUUGAACUAGAUGAACAAUCAUUGACAUAUUGUGAACUCUUGUAUUAUGUCCAAGUGUUAUCUUUGAAUCUUAUGAAUACAUAUCAUAUUGUUCCAGGUGAAAUUAUAUGUCAAUGUGUUGAGAGAAGUUUGUCGAUGGUAAUUGGCAUUAUGGCGAUUGAAAUGAGUGGUGGUGUCUAUUGCCCAUUAUCAUCCCGAGAUCCACAACAUCGUUUACAUGCUCUCAUACAACAAACAGAAUGUCUUCUUGUUCUUAUUCAUUGGUUGACAAGAGCAAAAUUUCAUAAUAAUGAUAUUGUUUUAGUUGAUAUGCAUUCGAUUUUGACUAAUAAUGAUUUAGAGAGUGAUAUUAAUGUUAAUCGACUGGCUGAUAUCAGAGUGACGCCCAAUAAUAUUGCUUAUAUCAUUUUUACAAGUGGGUCAACUGGAAUACCAAAAGCAGUAUGCUAA